AUGAAGCCACUAAUAGAUUUCGAUGAAUGCUUGAGAGACUCUCCAAAAUUUAGGGAGCAGCUGGAAACUGAAGAAGCUAGCAUCGAUUCAUUGGAGCAGAAGCUCGAUAAAGUUCUCAAAGCAUGCUCUGUGAUGAUAGACUCUGGUAAAAUCUACAUGAGUCAUAGAGGCACAUUUACAAAUGCACUAUGGGACCUGACUGGGAGUUUUGCAGAGGAUCCACCAGUGAUGGCAACCCUUAACAGAAUGAUCCAUUCUUUGCAAGAGAUGAACAAGUUCCACUCCAUCCUACUGGACCAGGUCUCCAGGACCGUGCUCAAGAAUCUCACUGCUUUUAUUAAAGUAGAUAUUAAAGGUGUCAAAGAAAGUAAGAAUCACUUUGAUAAAAUCUCAAACGAUCUCGAUACGGCUUUAAAUAGGAAUUCACAGGUAUCUCGCCACAAAUGCAUGGAAGUGGAGGAGGUGAUGAAUCUCUUGCUGGCGACGCGAUCAUGUUUCCGUCACACGGCACUCGAUCACGUGCAGAAGAUCACCAUGCUGCAGGCAAGGAAACGUCACGAAAUACUGGCUACGUUCCUGUCGUACUUGCAAGCGUGCUGCACCUAUUACCAUCAAGGUGCCGACUUAUCGGAGGAUUUGGAACCAUUCCUUAAGACCACCGCAGAAGAUAUCGCAGCUAUGCGUAACGACACAAAAAUACUUGACAAAGAGAUGGAGAAUCGCCAUACGAUAGUGAACAGUAAGGACACCGUACUACCCAGCUGUAAGACCAGUGAAGCUGAAGGAGAUUGCAAAGAUGGUUUGUUGAGUACACCGUGCCUCAAGAACCUACCUCGAAUGCAAGGAUAUCUCUUCAAAAGGACAUCGAAUGCCUUCAAGACAUGGAAUAGGAGAUGGUUUUAUUUAUACGACAAUCGUCUAGUGUAUAGGAAAAGGACAGGGGAGUUGAAUGUGACAGUAAUGGAAGAAGACUUGAGACUGUGUACUGUGAAACCGGUGCUGGAUGGCGAGCGUCGGUACUGUUUUGAAGUGUUGUCACCAUCUAAGAGCCAUAUGCUUCAAGCAGACUCCGAAGAAAUGCUCAACUGUUGGAUAACAGCUCUACAGAACGGUAUCCGGUCCGCCAUACAACAAGGACAAAGCCGAGAGAACCCUGACACACAGCUCAUACUGGUACCAGACGACAGACCUUCGGAGAAUAGACACAGCGUCGCCAACGUCAGGGGUAUGAAGAAGAUCAGAAUAUGGGAGCAACUGUUAAGUAUUCCAGGAAAUAACUAUUGUUGUGACUGUGGAAGCCCUAACCCUCGGUGGGCUAGCAUCAAUCUUGGCAUUACACUUUGUAUAGAAUGUUCUGGCAUACAUCGUUCGCUUGGUGUACACGUUAGUAAAGUAAGAUCCCUUACUUUGGAUGACUGGGAACCUGAAAUUAUAAAGGUAAUGGCAGAACUUGGUAACAAAAUAGUGAAUAUGAUCUACGAAGCUAACGCUGAAGGAACAACGAUACAAAGAGCUACACCGGAUUGUGAAACGAAUGUACGGGAGACUUGGAUCCGGUCGAAAUACGUGUCGUUGCUGUUUGUAAAGGACUUGAUGGGCGGCGGGACACUGACCGCGGCGGACAGUCCGCUCAGAGCUGGGCGACGGUGGUCGGUACGACGGGCUAGGCGCAGAGUUCGUGCUGCUCCUUCAGUGCCAGAAACUAUCAAUGAUGAGAAGAGUGAUGCCAACAGUAAUACAAGUGUGUCAGAAAGUUCAAGCAAGUCAGAUGGCAGUCCAGUGCUACUGAUUGGUACGGAGCUGGCCAGUGACCGCGGCGUCGACCUCAGCCUGCCUUCUGAUCACGACUCCACUGAGGGAGAGGACAGCGAUGAACUAGCGGCGGAGGAGAUGUCCCGUCUGUCUCCGGACGCAGUCCUAUCGCAGGCAGCGCGCGCUCACAACGUCGCCGUCAUGCGCGGCGCACUGGCGGCCGGCGCAGACAUACACGCGCGGGCACAUACUGGACGCACUCCACUACAUGCCGCCGUGCUCAGUGGAUCAGUGAUGGCGUGUUCAUUCCUUCUUUUGAACGGUAGCAAGUUGAAUAUGCAGGACGAUGAUGGGAAAACUCCUUUACACCUCGCCACAGAAGCUGGCCACACUGGACAGGUUUGCCUACUACUCAAGUACCGAGCAGACCAGUCGAUAGUUGACAAGGAUGGGCAGACGCCGCUGGACAUCGCCGUCAAUAAUGCCAACGCUGAUAUUGUUACACUUUUAAGGCUGACGAAGUUGAACGAGGAGAUGCGAGAGAGUGAGAUGUCAUCAAACGACGACACGUACAACGAAGUGUUCCGCGACUACACGCAGCUCGCGCACUCGCACCCCGAGCGACUCGUACGAGCCAAGCAUAACAACAACGAAGGAGAACAACCAAGUGAAUGA